AUUGGAAAAAUGAAACGGAGGAAGCAAGACGAAGGGCAGGUAUGUCCCCUCUGCAGCCGACCUCUGUCAGGAUCCGAGGAGGAGAUGAGUAGGCAUGUGGAACAAUGCCUUGCAAAGAGAGAAGGUUCAUGCAUGACUGAGGAUGACUCUGUGGACAUUGAGAACGAGAAUGGCAACCGCUUUGAAGAAUACGAGUGGUGUGGGCAGAAGAGGAUACGUGCUACUGCCCUCCUGGAAGGAGGAUUUCGAGGUUCUGGGUUUAUCAUGUGCAGCGGCAAGGAGAAUCCAGACAGCGAUGCUGACCUGGAUGUGGAUGGAGACGACACACUUGAAUAUGGGAAACCACAGUACACAGAGGCAGACGUAAUCCCUUGCACUGGAGAAGAGCCAGGUGAAGCCAAAGAGAGGGAGGCGCUGCGAGGUGCUGUUUUAAAUGGUGGCACACCCAGUACUCGAAUAACACCGGAGUUUUCUAAAUGGGCCAGCGACGAAAUGCCCUCAACGAGUAAUGGUGAAAGCAGUAAACAGGAGACCAUGCAGAAGACCUGUAAGAACAGUGACAUUGAAAAAAUUACAGAAGACUCUGCAGUGACAACAUUUGAAGCGUUAAAGGCUCGUGUCCGUGAGUUAGAAAGGCAGCUUUCCCGUGGGGACCGCUAUAAAUGUCUCAUUUGCAUGGACUCCUACACAAUGCCCCUGACUUCCAUUCAGUGCUGGCAUGUGCACUGUGAAGAAUGCUGGCUGCGGACUCUGGGUGCCAAGAAGCUCUGUCCCCAGUGUAACACCAUCACGUCUCCCGGAGACCUUCGGCGCAUCUACUUAUGAAGGACCCAGCGGGAGGAUGGGACCCAGCUACUCGGGUCAGCUCAUCACACCCAGGGGGAGAAGAACGACCACAACACAAAAAAAGACGUUUUAAAAUGUAAAGAAAAAACAAACCAGAGACUCCAGACAUGGACUCAUGGAUACAGGAGCAGUGGGGAGCCUCGGCUGCCAGGUCCCACAUGUUGAGACCUCCUUCAGCAUCUGCAGCGGGCAAAACCAACUCCCUUGUUGUGAAGCCCCCUUUUAUAAAACCAGUGUUCCCAUCACCCGUUCCCUGGAGCUGGCUUUGCAUUGCGGAUGGCUCGUGAGCCCUCCUUUGGACUGUGUUGUUGACCACUCUGCCCCCAGGAGACUGGGGAAGGGACCCUUGGCAGAAAGAUGUUAAAUAACCUGUAACUUGUGUUCUUUGUUCAGUUUGUUUUGUUUUGUUUUGUUUUUAUUUGUUUUGGUUUGGUUUUUGGUUUGGUUCUGUUUUGGUUUUUUGUGGUGUUCUAGUGAUAACAAAAAGGUUUAAAGAAGAAAAAAAAAA